AUGUGUCAAAUAAUUCGAUAUGUGAGUCUCCAGAAAGAUCAGUACGUCGUUGAAGAAAGCUUCAUUGACUUUAUAAAGACUUCGAAAAAAACGGGGCACGAUUUAGCUAUUGAAAUCCAACAAAAACUGAUCGACGAUGAUUUAGAUAUCGGUAACUGUCGUGGACAGGCUUAUGACAAUGGAGCCAAUAUGGCGGGAAAGUAUCAGGGGGUGCAAGCUCACAUACAAAAAUCUAAUGAACUGGCUAGGUUUCUGCCGUGCACUGCUCACAGUCUUAAUUUACUCGGUGUUCACGCAGCUAGGGUUUCGAUUAAAAUGGUAAACUUUUUCGGUGUUGUUCAGCAAAUCUUCAAUUUUUUUUCGGGCUCUACUCGCCGAUGGGAAAUGUUAAAAAAAGUACUCAAAUGCACUUUGAAGACACAUUCCGAUACGAGAUGGGCGUCAAAAUAUAACGCGAUUCAUUCGUUGUGUACCCAAUUAGAGGAAGUUUUGACUGCGUUACGAGAAAUAUCGGAAGAUCCUUCAUUUGGUGAUGGAGUUGCUGCUGCUAAAGGCUUGCUGAAGCAAAUAACAUUCAAUUUUGUUUGUUACUUAGUGUUUUGGGAUAAGAUCUUACACAUCGUGUAUCGAGCGAACAUCGUUUUACAAAGUGCAAAUAUAUCGAUUGAUGAAGGUUGUAGAAUUAUACUUGGACUAAAAAACGCAUUGCAGGACCUUCGAUCAGGAAACACCGAUGAAAUCAUUUCCCAAUCCACAAGUAUAUGUGAGAAAUCAUCAAUUGAGGCUGCAUUUAGUCAAGGAAGAGUAAGGAAAGUAAGAAAGAUGCCCGGAGAGAUCGCAUCCGAUGAAGUAUUUUCUCGAGAACAGCAGUUCAGAAUUGAUUAUUUCAACGUGUUAGACACUUUCUUAUCGCAAAUGCAAUGGCGAUUCGACAAAAUGACCGAAGUCAACGAUGAUUUUUGUUUCCUGACCGGAUCAUCCCUCGAAUCCUGGUCCGUAAUAGAUCCAAAGAAAAACGCCAUGGACUUAGGCCUAUUGUACGCUAAAGACAUAGAACCUGCGGAGUUUGUUAGCGAGGUAGAAAGUUUUAAAUUCAUGGCGGCAUCAGUUUUUCCGAAUCUAAAAAAAUCCACGCCGUUACAAUUGCUUAACGGCAUCAGGGAUUUUUCGCUGACGUCAGCCUAUCCUAAUAUAGAGAUAGCUUACCGCAUUUUCUUGACUAUGCCAGUUACUACUGCAUCGUGCGAAAGAGGCUUUAGUAAACUGAAACUCAUAAAAACUUACUUGAGAUCAACGAUGGGACAGGAAAGAUUGACAGGCUUAGCUAUACUAUCUAUAGAAAAUCGUUUAGCUAAGACCUUAGAUUAUGACGAAGUAAUCAACGAAUUUGCGUCUCGCAAAGCUAGGAGAAUAGCUAAUUUAUAA